AUGUAUGAAACAGUGCACGGAGAGAGACAGAGUGGGCGAGGAGUCCUCGGCGCACACAGAGGGACAGAGAGGAGUGCAUCGCUGGCAGUAAACAAGAGGGGCCGAAUAAUUUUUCGCUGCGGGGCGAGUGGAGUUGGGGGCGAGGGCGGUGCCGGGGCCAGCGUGCACGCCUGGGGGCGGCGUCCGUCCGCCCUCUGCGCCGCCGCCGCCCCCGCCGCCCCCAGCCCCGCUUUGCGGCGCGCGGGCGGCGCUUUGCUUUUUCCCGGUGGAGGCAGGCCGCUGGCCGCCUCGUGGAGCGGCGGGCUGAUAGCGCCGGGACGCGCGUACAACGCGAGCGCAGGUGGCGGGCUAGCGGCAGGUGACGCGGCCGUGGGUGUCGUUCCGGGAGGACGGCGGACGGCGGCGGCGGCGGCGGCGGCGGCGGCGGCGGACGCGAUAAAACGCUGCAAGACGAGCGCGCUGCCGGCACCCUGCGCGGCCCGCGAUAAGAGGCGAGCCGGGCCGGCGGAGAUAGCGGCCGCCUCGCAGCGCCUGUUCCUUUAUCGCGCCCUCUCACGCGACGGGACCGAUCGGGAUGCACGGCGGCCCGCCCUUAAAUUUCGCUGA